GUGACCCUCUGAUUUGAACUGCUGGGAAAUAUUUUUCUCGAACUUUCAGAUGAGAAAAUUUCUUCAAUGAAAGCUCCAACCCCAUUACUGGCUGGAAGCCUAUUUAUGGAAGUAGUUCCUAUACAUUACAGAGCGAAGAACACCACCUCGUCUUUCCCUUCACUUCAAAGUUUCAAACAUCCUCGGCAUCAUGUUCUCUCUUUUUUGUCCAAGAAUGGUUCCAUCAUUAUCUUCCCUUUAUAUGAGCUCCAUUCUUCUCUUUUCGAUCAUUGGCCUCUCUAGUUGCUUGAUGAGAGGAAAUGAGACCGACAGACUUUCCUUGCUUGCAUUCAAAUCCCUCAUAAGAGAUGACCCAUUGGGGGCUCUCCGUUCCUGGAACGACACUCUUCACUUUUGCAAGUGGCAAGGGAUCACUUGCGGCAGAAGGCACCGGAGAGUCACUGUUCUUGAUCUCUCGUCCGUCCAGCUCAUCGGUUCAAUUGCACCUCACGUGGGGAAUUAUCCUUCCUCAGGGAGGUUUAUCUAGGAGAUAACAAGUUUACCGGCAAAAUCCCACCUGAGAUCGGCUAUUUGAAGAGGCUACAGAUAUUAGUGCUGCAUAAUAACUCGCUAAAUGGUGAGAUACCUCCCAACUUAUCUAACUGCUCUGACCUUACCCUCAUCCAGUUUGGUCAUAAUCAGCUUGCGGGAGAGAUCCCGAACGAGUUAGGCUCUUUAACCAAGCUUCACCACCUCGCCAUUCAUGAAAACCAUCUCAUUGGACAAAUACCUGCUUCCAUUGGCAAUUUGUCUUCGUUGAAGAGGCUCUCUGCAAAAUACAAUGGUCUGUCCGGUAGCAUCCCAUAUUCCCUUGGUCAGCUCAAGAAUAUCAAAUUCCUUGCACUAGGCUUAAACCAUUUGUCCGGUAUAAUUCCUCUCUCAAUUUUCAAUUUGUCGACUCUGACCGUCCUUCAAUUCACUGAAAAUAAUGGACUCAAAGGAAGACUUCCUUCUGACCUGUUCGACGCCCUCCCAAAUCUCCAACACUUAGGCCUUGCUGUUAAUCUUUUCUCUGGGCCAAUCCCAGUUUCGAUAUCAAACGCAUCAAAUAUGCUGCGGUUUGAAGCUUCAGCGAACCACUUCUCAGGGACGGUGCCUUCCUUUGCAAACUUGCAUAAGCUUCAAAAAUUGAUUAUAGGGGUCAACAGUCUGGGAACCGGGGGAGAUAAGGACCUAACCUUUCUCUCUUCAUUAGUCAAUGCAACGGGACUGCAAGUUGUCCAUGCACGCAGCAAUUAUUUAGGAGGAUCACUACCAAAGACCAUCAGCAACUUUUCUAUGAAUUUCAGAUAUUUAAGUAUCGGAGACAAUCAGAUAACUGGGGAGAUCCCCACCGGAAUUGGAGACCUUUUCAAUUUGGAAUUUUUUGUUCUAGAAAACAAUCAAAUUGUGGGUACAAUUCCUGGGAGCAUAGGCAAACUCCAAAAGCUCACUAAGUGGGGCAUGCACAACAAUCGACUGGUCGGUCAAAUUCCGUCUUCCAUUGGAAAUUUGACCCAACUGACUCAUUUGGGUCUAGAUCUCAACUUCUUGGAGGGGAAAGUACCCCCGAGUCUAGGCAAUCUACGGAGUGUAAUUGCUUUGGAUCUUUCAAAAAACAACCUUACAGGUCAUGUACCGAUUGAGAUCUUCAGCCUUUCAUCGCUGUCAAUGGCCUUGGACCUUUCUGGAAAUAAUUUGGUGGGUGUUCUGCCCAGUGAAGUUGGAAACCUGAAAAAUUUGGCCUACCUUGAUGUCUCAGACAACCAGUUUUCCGGUAAUAUUCCUGCCACUUUAGGAACUUGUGUAACAUUGGAGCAUCUAUCCUUGCGGGGGAAUAAAUUGCAAGGGACUAUUCCAGAGUCGAUAGGUUCAUUGAGGGGUUUACAAGAAUUGGAUCUUUCUCGCAACAAUCUUUCAGGUGAGAUCCCAAGAUUCUUAGAAAACCUGGUCCUCCUAAAGGUAGUGAACCUGUCCUAUAACCAUCUCCAAGGCAUGGUACCAGUCAAUGGGGUUUUCAAGAAUGCAAGCGCAGUUUUUAUCAUGGGAAAUAACAAGCUUUGUGGGGGAUCAGUUGAGUUGCAUCUGCCCAAAUGCGCCCUGCACGAGUCCAAGAGGGGAAAUCGAAAGAACCUGACCUUCAGGUUAGUCAUCUCGAUCAUAUCCGCAUUCUUGGGAGUGUCACUGUUGGCACUCGUUGUUUUCCUCUGCUGUUUCAAGAGGAAAAGGAGAGUCCCUCCCUCCAGCGGCUCCAAUGAUAAGUCCCUUUUAUCUGUGUCAUAUCAUAGCCUUCUAAAAGCUACCGACAACUUCUCAGUUGAAAGGUUAAUCGGUGUUGGUGCAUUUGGUUCUGUGUAUAAAGGAAUUAUUGGUGAUGGUGAGGACCAAAAGAUUGUUGCAGUAAAAGUGCUGAACAUGUCGAAGAGGGGAGCAAUCAAGAGCUUCUUGGCUGAGUGUGAGGCCCUGAGAAACAUCAGACACCGCAAUCUCGUCAAAGUACUCACAGCCUGUUCGGGGAUCGAUGGCAGUGGUAAUGAUUUCAAGGCCCUCAUUUACGAAUUCAUGGUCAAUGGUAGUCUAGAUAAUUGGCUACAUUCUGCCCACCUCAAAGAAAAUGGGGCAAACGAAACACGGAGGAACCUAAGUCUGCUGCAGAGGCUGAACAUCGCAAUUGACACUGCUUGGUCGUUGGAUUAUCUUCAUCAUCAGUGUGAAUGCCCGAUGGUUCACUGUGAUCUGAAGCCAAGCAAUAUUCUUCUCGAUGAGGAAAUGGUUGCGCAUGUCGGUGAUUUUGGCCUCGCAAGGUUUACUUCAAGACCCACCGAUGAACUCUGCACCAAUCAGUCAAGUUCUCUGGGUGUUAGGGGUUCCACGGGUUAUGUUGCACCAGAGUAUGGAUUGGGAAGUGAAGUGUCGACACGGGGUGAUGUCUACAGUUACGGCAUCGUCUUGCUAGAGAUGUUUACAGCAAAGAGACCGACUGAUGAGAUGUUCAGUGAAAAUUUGAACCUUCACAAAUAUGUGAAGAAAGCUUUGUCUGGUGGUGUUGAAGGGAUUGUAGACCCAGUCCUUCUUGAGGAAGGGCAAGCAGCAGAGCAGAGAGUGAAGCACAAUGCCCGAGCUUCAAGAAGCAGUGGAAAUGACAGAGUCAUCGAGUGCUUGAUUUCAAUACUUCGAGUCGGAGUCGCUUGUUCUAAUGAAGAGCCAAAGGAACGAACGGAUAUCAGAGAUGUGGUGGCUGAACUGAACUCAAUCAGAAAAAAAGCUCGUUUCCAAGAGAGAUCGGGCUUGAUUGAGAAAGAGGUUUCUUCAUAGAUGGAAUUUGAAUUUACAGGGAGCGUGUGGUACUCUUCUUUAAGCCUAAUUUGUAUGGAGUGAAUAAGAGCUGGAACUCUUCUUUGUCGGGAUGUAAUGUUCGGGCUGAAUGUUACUGCUUUCUUCUUGUUAUAAACAGCUUGUCUCCUGCGUGUUUCCAAUUUGAAAGUUCAGGUUCAACAAUGUGCAAACUGUAAGGAUAAGAGUUGAUUUCUAUAGUACAGCUGUACGACUGGAA